UCAUGCAGGUCGACUUUGGAAUAAAUCAAAUCAAACCGAUCGAAACAGAAAUUUUGCGAUCGACAUUUUUUAUCGCAUACCGGCAGCAUAAAAACAUUGUUCGCUUUAACUUAAACCAGCAUCUACCACACUGGACUGCUCUGCCAUUCUGUAGUUGAUCUUUUCCCGCCCCCAGACAACAAGAUGAAAUUUAUUGUGGUGACGUUGCUGGCCGUUGCCGGGUACGGUGCCGCCAAUCCACUUGGGAUCAGGUCCUGCGAUCUCUCUUUUAUCCCCUGCACGACGCCUAUGAUCAUGUUUAUUAUGGGACCGGAAGGUCAACAAUUGGCCCAACUCAAAGACGGACUGGGUAUCACGGAGCAGCAUUUGAAAAGCAUCUGCAGAGUCGGUAAGGAAAUGCUGACCUGUGCCAACACCGCCAUCGGCGAAUGUGUGCCGCGUGAUGCCCUCGAUGUACACGAGCUUGGUGUGGCUCUGGUGAAACUGAUGGAAGUAUGCGACCGUCCGGAUCUGUACAAUAAAACCCGCACUUUAAUGCAGUGCGGCAAGACGCUCAACCAGACCGGUGGCUCGAAAACCCGCGCUUGCGGCAACCGCGCCGUUCGCUUGUACAACGAACAAGCGAGGACGACCCCGCAGAGCGGGGAUGGGCUGGCCGAGUGGCGCAACGGAACGAUCAUGAAGGACAUAUGCUGUAACAUUAAAUCCACCAAAGCUUGUAGUGGAACGGAAGUGGUUGACAAGUGUGGACGUGAAGCCCAGCAGAUUGUGGACGAUGUCCUUGAUGCCGUAGUGGAGGCAUUGAAGUGCAACGGUCCGCGCGGUGAGAACUGUCCAGUUCUGGCGCCGCCAACAGCGGAGGAUGAAGCGCUGGAUGUGAAAAAUAUGGUCCAUGUAUUUCCCAUACCGGGUACUGGCGGACCCGGUGGACCCAUGUAACGCGCUUCGCCCACAAACAUCGACAGGACGUUUAACCUGUAUCUGUAAUGUUGCUAUAAACAUUCCAACUUGUGUAAAAUAUGCUUCAGUUGGAAGAUUUCACCAAUGCGAUACAACCCGCUUUAUACCCAUGUUGUUUUAUAAAACGCUGAUAAUACAGAGUAUUUUGUAGCUUUGCCCGGAUCUGUCUAGUGAAAAUGAAUAAUUUUUGAAAGUUUUGCAGUAUACGGCAGUUCCUUGUACAGUACCUUAACUUUAUUUGCAGCACUAAAAUCGUUCCGGUAGUGGUCGGUGCGGUACCAUUGUAUUAAAAUGUC